GUGCAAAUGAAUUGAUUGACCAUCUACAAGGAGCUCGCUAUUUUCCGAAUAUCGAGCUUUGUAACGGUUACCAUCAGAUUCAUUUUUUCUCUGACAACUGCCACAAAACCGUGUUUCAUACUCGCCACGGGAGUUACGAAUACACUGCCAUGGUGUUUGAGUUAACGAAUGCCCCCUUAACGUUACAGUUGACAAUAAACGGUGGUAACGACGCGGUUCUCGUCGUCGUCGACCGCCUCACAAAAAUGGCUGAUCUCGCCUAUUCAUCUCCUGCAUGGUCAUUCGCCUGCAUGGUAUCCCUACUGCAAUCAUCAGCGAUAGAGUUCCAAUUUCACCUCGUGAUUUUGGCACGGCACGUGGAACAGAUAUGGCAUAUGCCUAGAGUUUUCUUCCGCCUAUCACCCGCAAACCGACGGCCAGACAGAACUAACAUUUCAGUCCAUGGAACCAUUGAUUCCUUAACUACGAGAUGGAGGCCUCGCAUUCAGCAAAGAUAGCCUGGAUCCACUUGGCAGCAUCGGG